AUGAGAAUUAAAUUAAAAAAUAAAAAUGCAAAAAUGAUUUUAGAUUGUUGCGGUUCCAGCGCAGCAAAACUGAGCAGCAGCUCUUCGAUUCCGCUGCAGCAGCUGCUGCAGCUGCUGCAGCUGUUGCUGCACCUGCUGCUGCCGUUGCUGCGGCAGCAGCUGCUGCUGCUGAGUGCAGCUGCUGUUGUAGCUGCUGCUAGCUUUCUUGCAGCUCAUCCUGCUGCUGCAGCAGCAGCCGCUGCAGCUGUAGCUGCUGCUGCAUUUCUUGCAGCUCAUCCUGCUGCUGCAGCUGCUGCUGCUGCUGCAGCAGCUUCCCUUGCCCAUCCUGGUGCUGCUGCUGCUGCUGCUGCAGCUGCUGUAGCUGUUGCUGCUUUUCAGGCAGCUCAUCCUGCUGCAGCUGCUGCUCUUGCCCCAGCUGCUGCUGCUGCUCCAGCUGCUGCUCUUGCUGCUGCAGCUGCUGCUCUUGCUGCUGCUGCUGCUCUUGCUGCUGCUGCUGCUGCUGCUGCUGCUGCUGCUGCUAUUUGCUGCCCAUGGCAUAUUCGUGUGUGUACAUUCGGGCCAUCGACCUGA